GGCAAAGCAAGAGUAGUGAGCGUGGAGCGUGAGCGGUUGUGUGAGUUACACGACCAUUACACGCAUUACAUCAUCCUAAUUUAAUUUGGUUAAAUUCUUUGAUUGUUCUAUCAGCGUGACUGGCAAAGUGGACAGCAACGCCAUCUCUUGGAUGACGUCACAUCUAGUCAUCUAACAGCAACGCCCAGUCAGCCCAACGCCUGUUCGACUGCCCGCUCCCUCUUGCAUUGUUUACCAAAAUAGAUCAAAUCUCAAAUUAUUUAGGAUUUAGGACAGUAUUAAAGUCUGCAACGCUGGAGGUUCUGAAAAUAAGGGAAUCUGCAUUGGCGAAGUCGCAAGUCUUCAACAAACAAGGAGCUGCUCUUAAAAAUAAGAGCCAUUGAAAACUCUUCAUGCUCAUGGUGAGAAAUCCGUAAAAAGUGAGGAGCCAAGCAACUGGUUUGUGUUCGCCAGGCAAAAAUCCUACAAGAAGUUGCCUCGAUGGAAGAAGAGUCUGGCUCGAAUCUGUCGGACCUCUGCCGGCUGUGUGGCGCCGCGAGCACGGAGCGAAAAGACCUGCGGAGCGAUGAGCUGGCGGCCCAGCUGCAGAACCUGCGCUUCGAGCCGACAUGGGAUGACGGUCUGCCGUGCGGUGCGUGUCCGGCGUGCGUGCUGAAGCUGGCCGAGGUGCACGAUUUCGUGGCGGCCAUGAAGCGCACCGACGACCUCCUACGCGCCCUGCUGGCCACCUCCAAGGAGCCGCCGGACUUGUCCUUCCUGGACGCGGGGGACACGCAGUCGCUGUGCCUCGAAGAGCCGGAGCAAGAGCAGCCAGAGUCGACCAAGAAGCGGAAGUCCUCCUCCUGUCCUGGCAGGGAGAGCAAAAAGCCAAAGCGGGAGUCGUCGAUCUGCGAGAAGCUGGCCGAGAUGAGCAGCAAAAUGAAGGAGACGGAGGAGUUGAACGCCAAGUUGAACCUUCCAGGCUCAUCCGGCUGCCUGCUGGAGAUGAUCGGCAAGAACCAGAGCAAGCCGCGCGGCCGCAUCCAGCUGGACAGCUCGGAGACGUCGAUACGUGUGUGCGAGCAGUGCAACAUCAUGUUCUCGCGGCCGGAGCUGCUCGAGCAGCACCGCGGCGCCGAGCACCUGGUCUUCCAGUGUCAGGUGUGCGGCGCAAACUUCAACACGGCCCUCAUCCUGGCCAGCCACCUCAAGCGCAACGUGCACAGGGUGGCGCUCAAGGACACCAAGUGGACCUGCGCCGAGUGCUUCAUGGUGUGCAAGGACAAGGGCUCAAUGCUCGAGCAUGUCAGGUCGGUGCACACCAACGAACGGCCCUUCCCUUGCCACCUUUGCGAACGCAGGUUCGCCGUCAAGAGGGCCCUCACCCUGCACGUCAGGGAGCACAAGAAGGACUGGUCGCACGUCUGCCGCUUCUGCGGCAAGGGCUUCCUCAUCAAGGAGUACUGCGAGAUCCACGUCAGAAGGUAUCACACGAACGAGCGGCCGUUCCAGUGCGACCGCUGCGAGGCAAAGUACGCGUCCAAGCUGCAGCUGAGCGAGCACAUCAUCGCAAAGCACGAGGGCGGCCGGCCGGAACAGAUUUUCACGUGCCAGGUGUGCAAGAAGAAGUUCAAAGGCUCGACCGGCUUCAAGUACCACGUGCAGACGCACGACGUGCCGCUGGACGAGCGCAAGAAGUUCAAGUGCGAGCUGUGCGACGCGGCGUUCAUCCGCAAGCCGGCGCUGAUCAAGCACGUGAAGCGCCACAAGGGGGAGCAGGAGAUGUUCGAGUGCCGGUUGUGCGGCAAGAAACUGGCCACCGCGCACGGCCUCGAACUGCACCUGGUCGUCCACUCCGGGGAGAAGAACCACGUGUGCGAGUUCUGCGGCAAGGCGUUCGCCGCCGCCGGCACCCUCAAGGUGCACAUCCGCUCGCACACCGGCGAGAAGCCCUACCAAUGCAAGUUUUGCCCCAAGAAGUUCUCGCAGCGCUCCUCAAUCAAGGUGCACAUGCGCAACGUGCACCAGUAUGAGGACACCGUCGACAAACUCAACAUGUAUUUGUUGACCUGAUUGCAUUUCUCUCCUUCUGUGUAUUCAGUUACCAAAUUAAAAUGUCGGACGCCGGCUCGGACAGUGAUGAGUGGCAGGACUUGUCCGACGUGGACGCAUCCGAGUAUCCAGAGCCACCAGAAGAGGAGAUCUUCGAUCCAG